CUCGCAUUAGUCCGGGCCUGACCCAACGGUGCAUUGCAUAAAGACACGAAGCGGGAAAUGAUUUUGUCCAAUUCGCAGGUGAUUCCGCGUUUAUAAACGUUGCAAACCUUAUGCAUAAACAAAGUUGACCCAUAGGCAUUUAAUGGAUGUCGUGUUUAUCGUAGUUUUGUGAAAUAUUCUUCGGUAUGUGUCAUCACAUGUCGCAGAAUUAUCGCCCUCGCGUUGCUACCAGAAAAAUCAGGUGUCGAAAAUGUUUCAUUGGGACGUGCGCUUACAUCGCAGUCCUGCUUCUUCUUGUAUUCAUUAUACUUUUCGUUGUGGUACCCAUGGCUUUCAAGUACAGCGUGGAAAUCCAGCGGGGUUUGAUAUUCCCUACGUAUUUGAUAGAGGAUCAAAACUAUUCAGACGUUAACAAAUUCGGGAUCAGCGGCGUGCGUAACAUGUACAUUGACGUCACGACAAAGGACAACCGUUCAAUAAGUUUGGGUGCCUGGCAGAUAUUGCCCCUGGAUAUGGUGAGCGACCUGCUAACUAACGAGGAUUACGAUUUUGAUGGGGCGUUCGAUAACGCGCGGUACAACAUACUGCUUUAUCUUCACGGUAACGGCUCGGACCGUACCAAACACGUCGAGCUGUAUAACAUUUUAAGGGAGAUUUUUCAUAUCCUCGCCGUGGACUACAGAGGCUACGCUGACUCAACGAGGGCGGAAAUAACCGAACAGGCCAUAGUAAGCGACCUCGUUCACGUGUACCAGUGGCUACGAAAACAGAGCAAUUCUAGAAUAUUUAUCUGGGGGCAUUCGUUGGGGACCGGCGUCGGGACCCAGCUGGUAUCCGCCUUGAAGGUGGAUAACCAGGUGCCAUCUGGUUUAGUUUUGGAAGCGCCGUUUACUUCGGUGACCGAUGUUAUGAAGAUGCAUCCCAUCGUUAGGUUCUAUUCGUUUUUGCCUUGGUGCAAGGCGACUAUUUUGGAUCCGAUUGUAGAAAACGGCAUGGAUUUCAAUUCGAAAAAGUACGUUGAAGAUGUCGAUUGCCCGAUUAUGAUCCUCCACGCGAUGGAUGACGACAUCAUACCAGUUGAAAUGGGUUUAGAGCUCUCUCAAAUAGCUGAUAGCAAGAGAAACGGGACUUACCAGGGUAAAGUUAUUCUUCACAUAUAUGAAGCGUUGGGCUACAGACACAUGAACCUUUGGAAAGCCCCGGAGCUACCGCAACACGUCAAACAUUUCGUCGAAGAGUGUGCGAGGUUCGAGGCGUCUCAAUAAUUCGUCGCGGAACAACAUUGCCUGUGAUAUUUCAAUAAUAAAAAUGUUCGGGGUGCACGUUUAAAUACUGUUUUUUUUUAUUUAAUUACAUAGUAAAGUUUCAAUUUACACAAACGUAAAAUUUGGUUACAAAUACUAGACACGUAAAAUAAUAAAUAGCCGAACGAAAUGUUGUGUGGCCACAAUUUUGACUUCCUUGAGAUCACAUAAAAAAUAACGUUUCGAAAAGAAAAAGAAAUCCGUGCGUUAUAUUAUAGUAAUAUAAUUAAAUGCAUAUAUCACAAAGUUAUACCAUAUAAAAUUAAUGUAACACAGCGAGUGCCUAUAAACCGAAAACGCGUUGUAUGUUAGAUAUACCAUAUUGCAUAAUUAUGAUUGAGUUCUUUUGUUGUUCCGAUAUUUCGAUAUUGGUUUAAUUGUACGUCUUAUAAAUUAUAUUAUCAAAAAAAAAAGAAAGAAUGAAAGAGAACUGCACAACGCAUAAGAAAAAAAUAAAUAUAAAAGAAAAUGUCAUUAUCAUUGCAAUUUUUAUGCGCGUACUACAAAGAUUUUGUUUAUUUCAAAAUUGAAUUUUGAAGUCGAUACGCGUUUUUCCAACGAAUCUAUGUUUUGAAAUAAAUGGAAAAAUGUUAAAAUUUAUUAAAUCCUCAACAUUAUUUAGAUGAAAUCGUUCGUCCACACGGUGUCCACUAGGACGACGGUGCUUGAUAGUUUGGAAACGGCAAUAGAGAGUCGCACAGGUGCAUAACCUAAAAUUAUUUCAUGGUCAUCAUUACAUUUUUUCAAUUCCACUGCUGCACACAGACUUCCCCUCCCAUUCUUGUGACAUCUUAUCAUUGCAUUGGUAGUCUUCCUCUACUUCUCUUAGCUGUUCUAGGUCUGAAUUCAAUAAGUCUAUGACUCUAUCUUCCAUUCUAGCUCAGAGGCUGUAACUAUGACAUCUGUGACUUGUAUUAUAUGUAUCUUAAUUUCUUAUCCUAUCUGUUAAUGGUACUCUCAGCAGAGAUCGUUUCAUUCAUAGUUUCAAAGCACUGGUCUUAAGUGUUACUGUUUCUGUGCCGCAGUUCAAAACUAGUGCCUGCUAUGCGUUAUUAAAAGUACAUCAUUAGCGUAAUACAAGUGGAAUAGUCUGAUUCCAUCUAGGCUCCAAUUAUGUGCUUUGGUGACAUUGCGUCUCCUUGCCUAUCAUUUCAUUCUAUUUUCUUUACUGCUAUCGUGCUUUUGUAAUAUCAUGGUUGAUUUUUUUAAUAAAUAUUAUAAUUAGGACAACAGUGCACAAGAAAGUAUGGUUAUGUUUUUCCUUGUGGCACCCCCUAAACAUAUUUUGUAUAACACACAUACUAAAUCUAAUUAUUUUUUGAUAAUCCCAAAAAAUAUAUAUUAAUUGAACUGUCUUUUGACAAAUGCUGUGCAAGAUUUAUUCUUUAAACAAAAACCAAGUAUCCAUUUUCUAAAUGAAAUGCCCAAUGCUUUUUAUUUCUUACUGUUCAAAAAUUUAUCAAGUCGUGCAGUUUUUGUGAUUUUAUUGUAACUUCUUUUUUUAUUACAAUAAAAUUCAACUUAAAUAGCAAAAACUCUUAAUGUCCGUUAACCAGUGUGUAUUCUUUUGAUAAUUUGCUAUGAGUGAUCAGUGGCGGCUGGCGGCACGUGCACCUGGGUGUAUAUGACAACACUACUGACUGACUGAUAAAAAAUAAUACUUGCAACUUCUUUCCAUAAGUAUUUGUUAUUAAAGUUGUAUUUUGUUACAUUGUUACAAAACACUUAGUUAAUAAAAACAAAAUGGAAAUAUUUUGAAAACUAUGACAUAUAGGUAUGGAAUUUUCUGAUAAAUCUAAUAAAUCUGUUAGGAAUAGCCCGAAGCAAAAAAUGGAACUAUCGAAUUAACAACAAAAGCUAAAACAUAGUUUCAUUAAUGAUUUCAGCCAACAAUGGCAAUCCUCCUUAAAAAAUUAAAUCGUGCACAUUUGUCAAGUGGCGAAUAUAAAAAAAGCUAACAAACUUAGCUCAAGCAUAAUGUUAUACAAAAUAUGUUCAGAAUUGAUCCGAAGAAACAUAACUUAUUUUUUAUGGGUUUACAGGAUUUCCUCUACACGUGAAGAUAGUUUUAGGUUAUAAUCACAACUGCAACUUUCUAAUUGCGACGCGCUAUUGGGACACCCUGGAUAACGAGAAGGGGAGCAAACAUAAAAUUCGAUGUAUCCGAUUUUCGCGUAG